CGCGCGCGGUGUAUAUAUACACGCUCGCACUUCAAUCCCAAACACAGCAAAACUCACUGGUAUCCAAGUUAGCUCAAUUACCAUUGCCAUAGGAGCAUCCAUACAUACUUGCAGGCUAGGCCAGAUCGCCAUGGAAGCUCCCCUGCACCAGCUGCCACCCAUGCAACACGCCAUGCUCGCCCAUCCUCCCAGCUGCAAGCACGACGCCGCGGCGACCAUGGCGGCGACGGACAUGGCGUGCCUCCAACAGCACCAGCACCAGCAGCAGCAGCAGAUGAUACCGCCGGCGGUGCCGAGCCCGAACACGCCGUCGGGAGCGCGCGAGCAGUGCCCGCGGUGCGCGUCCCACGACACUAAGUUCUGCUACUACAACAACUACAACACGUCGCAGCCGCGCCACUUCUGCCGCGCCUGCCGCCGCUACUGGACGCUCGGGGGCUCCCUCCGCAACGUCCCCAUCGGAGGCUCCACCCGGAAGCGCCUGCGCCCGGCGCCGCAGCAGGCGUUCCGCCGCCCGGCCGUCCACUUCGGCGCGCCUCCUCCGCCGCCGAUGCCGGCGCCGCAGCCGCAGCAGCCCCACUCUCACCAGUCUCAGCAGCAGCAAGGUGGCCUUCUCGGCUCGCUCUUCGCGCUCGGCGGGGCGCCGCUCCUCGAGGGCCGCGUCGGGUUCGACCUCGGUCUAGGCCUGCCAGGGCUGGGCCAGGUGGAGUUCGGACUGCAUUCCCUCGGCCUCAGGGGCGGCGGCCAUGCGGCAGCUGGGACGUCGUCGGCAUCGCUGCUCUGGCCAGCCGGGCUCCUGGAGAACGGCAGCAUGGACGCGUGGAAGAUGUCCGGCGGCGGGGCGGGUGCCAUGUCCAUGUGGGCGCCGGAGUUCUCUUCCGCGCCGACGGCGGCACAGGUCGGCGGCAUGAUGUUUCACGGCGGGGCCCAGAUAAUGUGACAUCUGUGAGAGUAUGUGGAGUCAGUAGUUGUAUACGUUCGUACGUUGUGCCAGUGGCGUGUCUCAUGUGUCUGCAUUAUGUGUGAUCCUGUGUUAAUCUGGGCAACUGCAUGGCUCCUGCGGUGUCUUGUCUAUGUGCGCAGUACAAGAGAAGGCUGGUCUGCGGUUUUGGUUCCAAGAUAACAAGAUUAGAAUAGUCUUCUGUUAAGGUCAUCGCAGUCUAGAGGCUCUAGUACGUGCUGCUGCGCGGUUUAGGUUACAUGCAUGUUCAUGAUAUCAUGGUAUAAUUUACAUCAUCUAUAAAUUGAGUUGAUUUCCUUCGUGUUA